CGUUGGAUGCUGCUAAACGUGAGCAGCUGUUACUGCAUUAACUCUACACAACGCAGACGUGUGUUCUGAUGUAAGCUUGACUGAUUGAUUUAAAACAUCACAAUCAAAAUGGAGAGAGUUGUGCCCUACACAUCGGGGAUGAUACUUGGAGAUCUUUACGAUGCUAGAAAAUGUGACAUCUUGAGAAAUUGUGCGUACAAGUUUCGGGAAACCCACAAGAUAAUUAAACCGGUCGACGAGCUAGAAUCAAAGUUUUCAUUUACUGAAUCUAUUGAUGAUAUUUGUGAUAUACUUAUGAUACCCAAAGAAUACGCACUGAAGGUAUGGACAGGUCAUAUCAUCAAUGAAGGUGUGAAGCAAGCACUUUUAACGUUAUAUGUUCCACAUUCAGAAACAUUGAUGAUAAGGAAAACUUACGUGAAGGAAACAGUUAGUCUAACAGAUAGGGACGCCUCUAUGGAAGAAAGCUAUAAAGAUCUAAAAGCAAGUCAAGAUGAAGAUAAACCAACGCACUGGGUGAAAAGCAUGGAUAUAGGAGAUGAAAUAGUGAUCAUUCUCCAUUUUCUCGAUAACGAUGGCAGUAUAAUACAGUCAAUUCGCGAUGAUAUUUAUAAAGCGCUGGAAACAUCAAGUGGAGUUCUAGAUCCAAAAAAACAAACGGAUCUAACUGAAAACUUACAAGAUUUCGACCGAAUGAUUAAGAGAGGAUUCUUGAAAGGGUUAGAAUGUAAGAUUUUCGUGUUCGGUUUUCAUGAGUAUGAUGUUGAAAACUUGCGAGAUGUUGCCAAGAUGCUGGAUAUUUUUAGUAAAAACGAAGAAAAGUGGGAACAACAAAAGGAAUACAAGACAACUAAUGACGUCAUCAAGUUUAAAGAAUAUCAUGCUUGGAAUGAAGCUUCACCAGGCAGUACAGAUCUAAAGAUGUUUGAAGGGCAGUUUUAUAACUUGAGAGUGACUAUUAAGAAUUUACAAUCAGAGCUUUCAACUAAUCAAGAAUAUUUACAAUGUGACCAUCCUGAGGCAAAAGGAUAUUACAGCCUUCUGCUAGCUUUUUACACUGAUUAUCCAGAGGCCUCAAAAAAACUAGAGUCAAUUUUGGAACGGCAAGAAUUUUCCUUCAUGUCAGAAGAUGCAAACAAGCUGCAGGAGAACAUUGAGGAACAUGGUCUAAAUGCCACAUUAACCAUAGCUGGUCUCGACUUGCGGUAUAUUGAUACAUCGCAUUUUACGGGGUUAAAAGGCGUGUCCAAUGUCGUUAAGACUGUCGAUGAUUUCAUUAAGAGAAAAACAGAGCAGCUUCCAAGUGGACAACCCAUCCAGUUAUUAUUACUUGGUAAAACAGGACACGGGAAAAGCUCAACAGGAAAUAGCAUCCUCAGAAAGUCAGUGUUUGAAGCGAGCAAUAGUACACAAUCGGGAACAAUCACGGCCAGCACCAACAGUGCCAUCGUCGACUCGCGUUUAAUUACGUGCGUAGAUACGCCUGGUGUCUAUAAUACAUCUGAACAAACGGCAGAUUCUAAAAUUUACGCUGAAGCGAUUCAAGCAAUUAGUCUUGCCAUUACACAUUGUUCCCAGGGUAUUCAUGCUAUCUUACUGGUUUUUGCUUACGGGGUUAAAAUGACAAAAGAAGAACAAAAGUGUAUCGAAAUGCUUACAUCUUUGUUUGGGGAAAAUAUAUUGGAAGAGCAUGUCAUUAUUGUAAUGACAAAGGGGGAUAAUUUAAAAAAAGAUAACGAAUCUUUUUCUGACUGGCUAAGCGGAGACCAAAAUAAAUGUUUCAAAAAGGUAUUAAAGGCCUGUGACAACAGAUGUGUUUUGUUCGAUAAUAAAACUGAGGACGAGAAAUGCAUGAAAGAACAACUAGUAAUUCUAGUCAACUAUAUAGAUUCAUUAGGCAGGGUUCCUUAUACCAAUCAAAUGUUCAAAGAUGCUGAAAGAAUGCGAGCAGAACUUUUCAGUGACAGCAUCUUGUUAGACAACAUCUUCACCAGCUCCUGCAAAUCACUUUAUGAAGAUUUAAAGCAACUAAAAAGUGACGAACCUAUUAGCCCCAGUAUCGAAGCUCAGGUCAACGAUCUCUUUAUUAUACUAGGCAAUCCAAAUAAAGGUACACAGAUUUACAAUCUCUUUUCUGCUGUUUGGAAUGUUAAGAAUCAAAUUGAAGUUAAAAGAACAAGUAGAGAUACUAUGCUGAAAGAAGAUAAAAGUGUGUUAGAGCUGAUGACUUGUUUGGUUGAAACUGUUGACGAAAUUAAUGCGGUUGAUGAAAAGGUGACACCUGAAGUCGCAAAAGAAGUUAACUGUUUUCCAGAAUUUUCAGUGGUUAUUUUGGAAAAUGGAGAUGUCGUACGCAUGAAGAAUUUAAACACUGGAAUGAGAGUUCUAGCAUUUGAUAAAAACAAGGGACUAUUUUAUGAUGAGAUCUACAUGUUUGGACAUAGAGAACACGGCGUCAUGUCAAAAUUUGUCGUCAUCCAUUCAAAGACAAGCCACCUCACAAUCUCACCAGAACAUCUAAUUCUCUGUAAGAAAAACGGUAUAGAACGUUUUGUUUCCGCUAAAAAUGUCAAAGUCGGAGAUGAAAUUCUAACGAAAUCUGAGCUGGGGUUUGUCUGGUCAAGCGUGGCUGACGUCACCUACAGAGUGGACAGAGGUCUGUACGCACCUUUCACCAGAAGCGGCACCAUUGUGGUGGACGGUGUCGUGGCCUCCUGCUACAUCGAUGUGCUGCCACAUGACGUGUGUCACAGGAUGGUGUCACCAAUCAGAUGUUUGUACCGUGUGUCACCAUCUCUAGUGAGACGUGUCUGUGGUGUGUCAGACACACAGCCGGUACCAAAGAUAGCUCGCCUAGCCUUAACGAUUUUAGGUUUUGGUAAGAAGAUCAAUCAGAUAUGAGAAACAGCAGGUAUUUAAGCAAGCUUGCCUAGACUGAUGUGUUAUGGGAUACAUAAAAAUAUUUUGCUUUAAAGCCCUACAUUUUAGAAUUCCCAUUUAUUUUAGUAUGGUUAAAACAAUCUAGUUAAUCUGAGUAAGGAAUUAUAAAAAAUUCUAAACCAAACUUUUAAGGUGUAAACAAAUGAACUAUUAUUGUAUAAUUUUUUAAUUGUCGAAAAGCAUUGAUUUUGAGUAAUAUAAAGUUUAACAAUUUAUCUUAUGUUCAGAUUACAUUUUGAUUUUCUUUAUACUGUAAUAAGUGUAACUAAACAUUGCUGAUGAACUUAACAUUUCUUAAUCUAACGCAUCGAUUAUUUUUGAAGUUAUUACGACAAUGUUGUAUAUGAAGUGUAUGCUGUAUAAAGUUUGAUGCUUUUUUUUUCUUCAAACAUCAAGCCACAAUAUAGCUGCAAAUUAAAUGUUUAAUGCAAAAAAUAAAUUUAGCAACACAUUUGUGUUGAGGUAAUUAAAAAUGUUAAAUAUGUGGAAUUAUUUUAUAGAUACACAUGUGUAUGUCAUUUUAACCACUUUUUCUAUUUUACUUAUUCGCAAGAUUAUUAACUCAGCAACCAUGGCUUUGAUGGAAACUUAAUUCUCAAAAUGUAAUCAAAUGUAAUGAAGAAAUCUUUCGUUUUUUUAAUUAAUCGCUGUUAAUAAUAUUGGUUUAUGCUAAUUCAAUAAAGUUUUUGUUAUUUUAAAUCGCGUGCAAUUAAAUUGUAUUUUUCUUUUCUUUUAAUAUUACUCUAUUAAUAAUAAACUGAAAUAAAUU